UCCAAAUCAUUAACCUGUUUUGACUUCUCUAUCUUCUCGCCUUUCUCUUUUCUGUCUUCCUUCAGAUUCUCCUGUUUCUUUUGAGGCUAUAAUCAUCCGAUCCGGAUAAAAAACCUUGAGGUUUUCGAUCUUGAAUUGGUGUUGCUUUUCUCAGAGGUUUCUUAAGAUUUUGAAUUUGAUUGCGCUUUCAGAAGGUUUCCAAGUAAAGCUAGGGCUUGUUUUAUUUGUUGGUAUUGGAAAUUGACAUGGGCUCUCGAGAGGAAGAUGAUAUCAGUGAUAUGAAGCAUGCUGAGGUUCGUAGUUACUUGAAUGAAUGUGUUAAUGGAUCGAUUCAGGACAAUACGAACAUGAGUAAUGUGGAAGGAUUACCUGAGCAGGGACAUCAAAGCAAACCUACGCCAAAGAUUUUAGCCAAGUCUGCAUCGUUUCCUUCCACCGUGCCUGCCGAAGAUGAUGGAAUUGUAACUGCAUUGCAGCGAAUGUUCUCAGAGGACUCUGUGCAGACAUACUCCCGUUCGAUUUCUUUGCCCGUUCCCCUGAAGCUAGUUUCUGCCCUUAAAGGUAGCCGUGAGAAACAAGGAUUGCCACCGAAGAAGCUAACCGUGAAAUGGGCACCUGACGUCUACAAUCCUCCACCAACAUCAGUAUUGCAUACAGUUGGAAACAAAAGGCAGCAGAAAACAAAGAAGAAGACUGACAAGAAGAAAAAUGGAAAGAAAGGGAAGAAGGGCAACAACGCAGGACGAGGUAGUGGUGGUAAAGACAACAAACGCUGUGGGGGCGGUGGGAGUUCUGAUAGGAGUUAUAAACCACCGUCGGAGGUUCAUCAGGAUAGAUUAGCCAGCUCCUCAAUCGACCUUGAUGGUUUCAAUAUUGACAGUCCCGACCCUCACUGUGGGAGUAGUUUUCUGAAAAAAUCACCAACCAACAUGCACUACCCUGUGGCAGAGGCUCUAUGAGUAAAUCUCUCUUUGCAUAGCAUGGAGAAGAAAAUAUAUUUCUUUUAACAGUCCUUGUAGAUAAAUAAACCUCUUUUCAGCUUUCUCCAUCAUGGCCAUUGGAACAAUUUACUUGAAUGCAAUUAUGUAAUGGUUUGUGA